UCUAUCAUGCUUAAGUCUGUCACGAUUACCUUUUCAGUUAUAGUUUUUUUAACGCUUUAUUAUAAGGAUGCCGUUAAACCUACUAUACAAGGUAAAGAAGAAAAUACUCUCACAAAGUGGCCAGGAAUUUUAGAGCCUAAAGAGACAACAAAUGCACUACCUAAACUUGCUCCAGUACUAUAUAAUAUAUCAUUGCUACCGAACUUAGAAGAUAAUACAUUUAAUGGAACAAUUAGUAUUGAAGUUAAUGUUACUAAAGAAUGCAAAUAUAUUGAAUUGCACGCCUUAAAACUAAAUUUAACAAGUUAUGUCAUUAAAGAGAGCCUUAAGGAAGUGAGCUGUGACGGACCUCCACAAUACUCAGCAAAAAAUGAAACAAUCACUUUCAACUUUAAGCAAAUGCUUAAGCCCGGAAUCUAUGUAAUGCUCUUAUCUUACCAAGGUGAGAUAAAUGAAAUAGUGGAUUUAGCUAAACAAGAGGGAGGGUUUUUAAAGUCAGAAUACCAACUAAAAGAUAAAGAAAAGAAGUAUUUUUACGGGUCCAGGUUCGAACCAAGUUAUGCACGCAAAGUUUUCCCGUGUUUUGAUGUGCCAUCUCUUAAAGCGCGUUUUAACAUUCAGUUGACUAUACCUGAAAGUUAUACUGCCCUUUCGAAUACUCCAGUGGCCUCAGCUGUUCCUCAAAACGGCUUUCAAACGGUCUCCUUUGAAACGACUCCGAUUAUGUCCACCUAUCUGGUCGCCUUUGUAUUCGGAGAGUUAAGCUGUUUGAGUUACCCAGUAAAAAGCAGUUUUCCUGUUAAAGUUUGUUCGGUAGCGGGAUCAACCUAUGAACCAUUACGAAAUUAUACAUCCGGCUUAGUUAUUGAGACUUUGUCCUUUUUUACCAACUUUACUGGUCAAGAACUCCCUUUACAAAAGUUGGACGUGCUCUUUUGGGAGCGAAAUUAUGUGGCAGCCACGGAAGAGUGGGGGCUUAUAGGCAUUGCUGGUUCUAAUGUCUUGGGAGAGGUCGAAAUACCUUUAGAUGAAUUUAAUAAUAAAAGUUUGGCUCUGGUUAUAGCUCAUGAGGUCGCCCAUCAAUGGUUUGGAAAUUUAGUCACUAUGUCUGAUUGGAAGGACCUAUGGUUAAAGGAAGGCUUCGCAAAUUAUAUGGGCUCCUUCGCUUUGACUCAAUUACACAAGGAAGGAGACUAUUGGGAAAUACUAGACACUUAUAAAGAGCGUGCGUUAGAGAUAGAUGCAUCCAUCUCUUCACAACCAAUUAUUAGCGAUAAAAAAUCUUUGGAUGAGAUGCAUUACCACCUAAGCUAUGGUAAAGCGGCUUCUCUCCUUCGUGCAAUUGUUGAUAGUAUGGAUCCCGUAGUAUUCCAGCGUGCUGUCCGGACUUUUUUCAAAAAGUAUAAGUACGGGUCUGUAACUUCUACAGAUUGGUGGAAUGUGCUCUCGAGUGAGAAUGAGGAAGUAAAAUAUGCUACGCGUUGGUUUGAUACGGCAGGCUAUCCCAUUCUAUACGUUGAGAGAAGAAACAAAAAUACCUUGCAUGUUUGGCAACAACGUUUCUUGGACAUAGGCGAGAAUCUUACUAGUGAGACAGUCUGGCCCAUAUAUUUUUCCGUAAUUGGUGAAGGUUCUAAAAAGCCAUAUAAAACGCUUAUUUUAAAACGUGAACAGAAUAUUACACUUCCGCAUGAGCUUGCCAAUAGUGCUUGGAUGAAAGUAGAUCCUAACCAAGUCGGCUUUUACAGGGUUAGUUAUUCUUCUAGCAUGCUUGAAGCGUUAGGCAAAGCUGCCAAGGACGGAGCUUUAAGUUCAAAAAAUGAGGAUCAUGUCUUACAGGAGGCCAUAGUGGUUUCCAAGGCUGGCCACUUGUUGACUCACCAUGUGCUAAGUCUGUUUCUUGACUACCAAAAUACUAGAAAAGUUGCUCAUUGGAUUGGCAUUAUAAGCUACUUAGUAAAAGUUGACAUUAUUUUUGGCCCUUCAAAAGAGAAUUGGUUGGCAUACCUAAAAGCUCUUUUUCGCGACAAGUUUGAUAAUGCUUCUUGGGAGCUGAAGGGCAUUGAGGACUCUGAGCAACAUCUAUUAACGCCAUUGCUAAUACCGUUUUUGGGUUUUCAAAAUUAUUCUAAUUUGGUUGAAGAGGCCUUAAAAAGAUUUAACACAUUUCUAUCUGAUAAUACUUCACUGGCCGAUGAGUUUAAAGCUCCUGUGUUUUUUAUUGCUGCAUGUAAAGGCACUGAAGAGAAUAUUAAAGAGCUGCGCAAGAUUAGUAAGGAAGAGUGGUUUGCAAGGGUGGCGCUUGCAGCUUGCAUAGAGGAGGAUACAAAGGAGCUCUUAACUUAUAUGAGUAGUCUUUCCUCGGAUGAGCUGGGGGAAAAUUUUAUGACCUACUUUUAUCUGGCUCUUAGUCCAACGAGCAGAGAAGUCGCUUGGGAAAUGCUUAAGGAAGACUGGAACAAAACUAUAAAAGCUUUCCAUAUCGGUUGGGAAUAUCCAAUAAUUGACCGAGUGUUGCUUUUUGCGACAGAAGAGAGAGCAAAAGAUAUAGAAAGCUUUGCUGAUAAGCUAAAAGGAAAAGAUGAAGCUGGUGCCACUUUACUUAAGUCAGUCGGUAAGAAAGUUAGGAGGAAUUUUUUGAGAAAAAAGCGAGAUUUGCAAUUAUUAAAUCAGUUUCUUACUAAAAACUAAGCGAUGUAUAAUUGGCUUGUCCCUUGCUUUAAUACAAUAAAGUUUUUUCAAUUUA